GCAGUCAUUUUCCGUAGGGGAAUGUGACAAUGGAAGAUGUGCUCGCUUUUGAAGACGAUUUUGUACCAGAACCUAACCCAAGUAUCAGGAGGGCAUAUCGCCCUCCAACAAGGACCUUCAGCGUUUACUCGGAAUCUGAUGGCCCCAAUGAACUCGGGGACACCGGGGUCAGUUCUCUUCCAGACCAUCCUUGUGACUUCGACUGGAGUCCGACGCAUCAAGUAUCAAACUCAAGCUUUGUUCAGGAAGACAUCUCGUACCAAAAGAAGAAAGAGAUCCUUUGGAAAUGGCAGAUGAAUUAUCACGAGGCGUCCAUUUUCUUGGAUGAAGGUGCCAACAAUGUCAAGUUCACUUCCCAUCCGCGGAAUCAGGCUGCACUUCCAGCGUAUUUAGUGGUGCACAAUAGGUGGUUCUACACUUUGGAACUCACCUCUGCGUUGUUGCUCCUCAGUUUAGCGAUUGUCGAAAAGCCAGCUUAUGCAUCCUUCCAGGUACCUCUUGGGGUUCAUGCUUCUGUGGAAGCUGUUGGGUUGGUGAUCGUCGGGUUUGAGACCUUCAUGAAGAUCAGAUGGCAAGGAGUGAGGACUUUUGUGUGCCAUAAAAGGUCCAUGAUCAAGGCCUGCAUUCUCAUAAUCAUGACUGUGGAGUCCGUGGUCAUACUCAUACGUCAGUCUUCCCACUUCAGAGUCAUGAGGGCACUCAGACCCAUCUUCCUCAUCGACAACCAUUACUCACGUGGGGUGCGGAGAUUCAUCCGCCAGAUACUCCAGUCUCUGCCACCGAUUCUGGAUAUGCUUGGGCUGUUGUUCUUCUUCAUGGUGAUUUUCAGCAUCCUGGGCUUCUUCCUAUUCAGCGACAAUCCGAGAGACCCUUACUUUCGGACUCUCUUCAGCAGCUUUGUUAGUCUGUUCGUUUUACUUACGACUGCCAAAAUUUCGUUGUAUUCCACCUAUAUUGCACUUAAUACUGGACCCGUGAACAGUGUUGAGCAUCUUCAGCGGAAGCUUAAAAAAGAAAAAGUUAAGAAGAAGAGAAGCGUAGCAUUUUUGAUCGGGUCAACUGGGCGUUUCAGUUUUCCAGAUGUGAUGAUGCCGUCAUAUUCGCAAAGUCGAUGGGCCUCAACGUUCUUCAUAACCUAUUUGGCCAUUGAACUCUACAUCUUGAUGAACUUGGUGUGUUUCCAUUCUUAA